UAAUUUAUAUUUCCUGGCUUGGUUGCUGGUUUAUUCUUUAACGAAACUUCAGGCACCAUGACGUGUGUGUUUGGGGUGUUUCUUUCAUUUUUUCUAGCUUACGGCGGCUUUGGAGGAUGGAAUGGCAGUUUGUAGUUCACGCGUGGUCUUAAUAUCUAUGCCAUAACAGUUUUCUCUUGCUGCUUAUUGCUGUUUAGUUCUUUGUGUGUUUUGUUUUUUUUACAACUGCUGCUGCAAAUGUUUGUUUUGUAAUAAGAUACGUGCAUAAUGACUGCUGCCUGGUUAAACUCAGUUUUGUGAAUGAGAUCUUGUGCAAAAUCUUAAGCUGUGAUUGACUUUGCUAAGCGGAGGCCAAACGUGUACCCUCUAAGAACCAUAAGUGAUAAUGUUUUGUAAAGAGACUGCUGGAAAAUCUGAACAGUGCUGCUGCAGAACUCUGAAUGGGGGGAUAGCAACUGUCUUAACUGAUUGCAGUGUUGGGUUUACUUUUCAGGGGGCAGCAGGAGAGUCUAUCAAGGCGGAGGGAGAAAUAACACUCAAUGCUUAUGUCAACAUGAAUUUGGGUUCAGAGUUGUGUAGGAACAGCAUCAAUGUGUAUGUGGAACAUUGGGAGAGGAAAAAAUAUCAGUAUUUAUAGUUCUCCUGCUUCCUUGUCAGAGAUGUUAUAUCCAAAUUAGAAAUUGAUGUAUUUUGAAAAAGUAGUGAUUGAUCUGACUUAUUCUUACUAGUGUUAAUAUUUGCUGUUGAGUAGUACUUAAUAUCUGGUAAUGCAUCAAUCAAUUGUCAAAAAUAAAUUUAAAAAUGUGUAAGGCUUAUCUCAUUGGUCAAUAUAAAGCUCAACUUUGUUUUUUGUUUUUCUUUUUUUUUUUUCAGUAAUGUUCUUCUGUUUUCCUUCUCACUGCAGUCUUGAUUUUGUUUCUUGACCCUCAAGUAUGUUUUCAAUGUGUUGAAACAUUUUCCCUUUCAAUCAGAAAAAAAGGAGAUGUCACUGAUGUCUGCAAUUUGAAGACUGGAUCUUGUCUGAAAAUCACUGAGCCCAAGAGCUGUCACCUUAGUCUUCCAAUAGGACAAGGAUGUCUUCAUUUCUCAGUUAAAUGCAUUUUUCAGAUAUGAACAAUGACCAUAGUUAACAAGCCAAAAUCUUCAAAGUCUAAAAAAUCAUCUUCAAGGCGGUCUGGCAAAUCCAAGAAACCGCGUACUAAAAAAAUGAAGUCACGCACCGCAAACUGGGGCCGGAUGCCACCUGCAGAAGAUUCAAACCAAGUCUCUGUGGCCCAAGGACGUGGAGGUGCUAUUUAUUGUAGAUCGUCUGAAAAAUCUAAGCCUUUUGCCCAAAGAGAUCUAAUCAUUAAUGAUGGAAUUGCUCCGCCGCAAAGAAUUCUUUUUCCACCUGAGAAGAUUUGUAUGGAUUGGCAACAAACACAAAGUGUUGGAGUUGGACUGUAUAAUCUUGGCAAUACAUGUUUUCUUAAUUCUACUCUACAGUGUUUGACCUACACACCCCCACUUGCCAAUUACAUGCUUUCUCUUGAGCACAACCAGUCAUGUCGUGAACAAGGUUUUUGCAUGAUGUGCACAAUGGAGACUCACAUUAACCAGGCCCUGUGUUGCACUGUUGAUGCCAUCAAGCCUACACGUGUUAUCAAUGAUCUUAGACGAAUAGGAAAACAUUUCCGUUUUGGCAGUCAAGAAGACGCACACGAAUUCUUACGCUAUACUGUUGAUGCUAUGCAGAAAGCAUGCUUGAAUGGAAGCACCAAAUUGGACAGAUCUUCUCAAGCGACCACCAUCAUUCAUCAAAUAUUUGGAGGAUUUCUAAGAUCAAGAGUAAAGUGCUUGAAUUGCAAAGCAGUUUCGGAUACGUACGAGGCAUUUCUUGAUAUCACUUUGGAUAUAAAGGCAGUUUCAUCUGUUACCAGAGCUCUAGAACUAUUUGUGAAACCUGAACAGCUGGAUGGAGAGAAUUGCUAUAAAUGUAGCAAGUGUAAAAAGAUGGUUCCUGCAUCCAAGAGAUUUACUAUACACCGUUCUUCCAAUGUGCUCACAAUAUCACUGAAAAGAUUUGCAAAUUUCACAGGUGGAAAGAUCAACAAGGAGGUAAAAUAUCCAGAGUAUUUGGACCUUCGAGCCUACAUGUCUCAGUCAAUUGGAGAACCACUCCUCUACGCCUUAUAUGCAGUGCUGGUGCAUAAUGGUAUCAACUGUCACGCAGGACACUAUGUAUGCUACAUAAAGGCUGGUAAUGGACUUUGGUAUCAGAUGAAUGAUGCUAAUGUAGUCCGUACUGACAUUAAAACAGUUCUUGGUCAGCAAGCUUAUUUACUUUUUUAUAUCAGGCGCUAUGAUUUGACACUUGGAGAACGUGCUUUUUACUUACCAGCACCAUCUUAUCCCCGUUCAUUCCUUGGUCAGCGGGGGGCUAAUAGUAAGCAGGCUGGAUUUAUGGGACCACGACUUCCUCCUCAUAUGAUUAAGAAUUCAAGUCGUUUAAAUGGAAAUGGAUCCUUAAAAGAGGAUCCAAAUACCAUUGGUGUCACCCUAAAAAGGCCAUCUUCAGCACCACCUACGGCUUGUGUUCAAAACUGGGCAAUUACCAGGCCUUCAAUUACUGAUCCAUCAAAAAAACAGAAGAUCACUAUCAGUAUUCACAAUAAAUUGCCUGCUCGUCAGACUGUGUCACAGCCUGAUUGUCUUAGCAGUGCUGUGGAGGAUGAAGAUCUCAACAAGGCUGUUCCUUCAUCCACAAUUACAAAUUCCACCGCAGCAGAGUCUACCUCAAAUCCAUCUACUAUGUCAGUUACUACUACUGUUUCCAAACAAGAAGUUUCUGAUGAAAUUUUUGUGGAGCCAACAGUGAAUGGAAAUCCUAAACUCAGCUCUGAUAACGCAGUCCCUUACGGUGCAGAAUCUUCAGGAAAAUCUGAGGAGGAGUCGAAGGGCUUAUUUAAAAGGAAUUGCAAUGUAAUAUCCUCUAAUGGAAUUCUGGUUGGAAAGGUAGUCCGUACAUUGCAGAAUUCCCAUUCUUCCUGUCAGAAUGCUGAAGAAGAAAGAUCCCAGCAUGAGCUGCCAAAAAAUGAUUCACUAAAUGGUGCUAUUAGUUUAGUUAAUGAAUCUAAAGAAAACGGACUGAAACUUGAUGAUUCCACUUGCCAAGCUGAACCUGUUAAACCUUCUGAGAUGUUCUUUUCUAAAACAAAUGGAUUGCUCGAAACAAUGCCUAUAGCUAUGCCUCCAGUCCCUCAAGAAGUGAUCUUAGAAUCCCUCACAGACAGCCAGCUGAACAGCUUGUCAGAGGAAAUAAGUGUCCCGGGACCUCAGAAAUCUACGGAGAAUGAUGCUCUUAUGGAAACUGUAGUGAUGGAAGCACUGUUGGUCUAUGAAGAAUCCAGGAAAGUUCCUUCUGACUUCAGCUGUGAGGCUGAGAAUCCUUUUAUUCAAUCAGAUUCUGAAACCAUUUCUACCAAAGAAGAAGUUGGAAGUAUUAUAACAAAAGCUGAUAAUGCACAUCCCAAUAUCAAUGGUCAGCACAAGAUUAGGGAAAGAUGCUUUGAUACUGAAGAUGAAUUCAUUGAACAGUACCGACCUGAGGACCGUGGAGACAAAGACAAACCAAGAAGAUCAAAAGAACCUGAACUCAUUUCAAAAGAAAACAUUUUGUACAUCAAAGAGUCUUCUGAGAGUGAUGAGAACUUGCGGCAAACUUCCUCUCUAAAGUCUGACAGUGAAUGUAGUUCUAAAAAUCUUUCCUCCUUAGCCAUUACAGAUAAAUGCCAAGAUACAAAAGACAUAUCUAAUAACUAUGUAGAGGUACCACCUGUUAAUGACUCGUCUAUUACAAAGCUGGAUAAAGUUUUGGAAAGCCAAUUCUCUAGACCAAAUGAAGAAUUCGGUGAUAGAAAAUGGGAAGAAGACACCAUGCAGCGGAAAAAAGAUAAGAAAAAGAUCCACGAAACUAAAAAAACUGACAAAGAGCAUUACCGAAGAAAGAGGGAACAUUCUGAUACUGAAGAGAAGGAGAGUCAAAACAGAAGCAAAACUGAUGGUCAUUCCAGCAAGAGAAGGUGCUCUCGCAGCGUGGAAGUUGUUAAGCAAAAUCGUCAUAAGCAGGAGUAUUGUGAGGGAAGCAAGUACAGAUCUUUCCAUAGUGAAAGAAACAGCCCUGAUAAUGGGAGAAGAUCAGUAAAAUAUUCAAAGUACAGAUCUCGAAGCAGAGGAAGAUCAGAACAAGAUAGGAAUAGAUAUUACCAUUCCAAAGGAGAAAGAACUUGGAGCAGAGAAAGAUACUAUCAAGAUGAGCCACGGAGAUGGGAAAAAUGUAGAUAUUACAACGAUUACUAUUCAUCUCAUGCAACAGGAGACAGUAGAGAGAGAAAGUUCUCUCACGGUGAUAAAGACUUUGACAAAUUGAGUCAAGCUUACAACAGCAGGUCACAUAAGGAUUAUCAUUACAAAAGCAGAUGGCCUCACAGUUCCCUCUCGAGAGAGGAAGAUGUACAUCACUUUAGCAGCCACAGAGCAGACUUGCAUCGUUGCUCAGUACCUCAGCAACAUUCUGAAAAAUAUUCUCGUGAAAGACAUGCACUUCCACCUAUGUCAGCUCAUUUUGAGGACUCUCCCCAGAAAAAUGAAAAAGAAAGAAACAGAAAAAGACAAUAUACUCGUGCAGAAGGUAGUGAAAGUGAAAUAGAAAGGAAACGCAGAAAGAUAGAAAAGGAGCUUUUAGGUGAUGAAAAAAUGAAAAAAUAUAAGAAGUUUAAGAAGAAAAAGAAGUCUAAAGAUAAACAUCGGGAGAAGGAUUACAAACUUUAUGAUUUGGAUUUCUCUGUGCUCCACUUUGACAAUGACAAUCGCAAGCGUAAGAAAAAGAAGAAAAAGAAGAAACACAUCAGGAAACUGAAAGGCUUCUUGGAAUACUUAGAUCCUCGUUUCCAGAAGAAAACACGGGAGAAGAAGGAAGAAUCACGUCCUCCAGAUGGGUCUUUUUGUGAGCAAUACAGAAACGAGGGCAGUAAACAACCUUACAAGGAAGGGAAGCCUUCCAGUGCAGGUGAAAGCAAGAAAUACAGCUCCAUUGCAUCCAACGAGUAUAUUAAAGAUGUAGAUCUGCCUUCUCCUAAGCACACUGAAUUCACAGUUAUUAAUCCUCCAGAGGACGCUUUGCAAUUUAACACCUGGAGAAUAACUGAAGUAAUCCCCGAAGAAGACAGUUCACUAUCCAAAGACGCAGAGCUUACUGAUGGAAGCCUUCAGUACUCAAACUAAACCUGCCAUCAAAACCGAUGACCUUUUUACCAUCCAAACCAACCAUUUUACCAUCAAAACCCAACAACUUCAAACCCAACGACUUCUUACCAUCAAACCCAAUGACUUCUUACGACUUCUUACCAUCAAAAACACAACAACUACUUACCUUCAAACACGUCGUCUUAUUGCUAAAACCAACCUUUUAUGGUCAAAACCAACCACCUUUCACCUUCAGAACCGACAACUCAACAUUAUCAAAACAAACUAACUAUCAAAACUUACUUAAAAUUUAUCAAUACCGUAAAAUUACCAUCAAAACAAAACCCAAUCAUUAAGUGGUGCUUCAAAUGUCUGUACAGACUUUUACCAUGAAAGAACUUUUUUUUAGCUUUUAACUUGAGACUUUCUUUUUUAAAAUGUACUUCUAAUCCAAAAGGGUGGAAACUUUCUACAACUGCUGAACAUUGUACAUUACCAAGUAAAUAUCUCACUGAAAACAAUGCCCUGGAAUAGAACAUCUCAAAUGCUGCUUAAUUACAGACUCAGGUUGAUUGUGUGUUAUUCAUGUAAUGUUACUCCAAGUUAGACAUCUGGUGCAAGAACGACCAGGAAAACCACAGAAUUAUAAAAUUUGCAACUGACAGUCUGUAUAUUUAAUUUAAAGACUUAUUUAAGAUUUCACAAGCUCUCACAUAACAGGAGUUUUGCAAGAGCUUCAUCUUUUUUGUGACGCCUGACACUAGAAACUAAUUUACUUCACAUUUUAAUUCUAUUCAAGAUCGGAAGAAUGUUCUGGUUUUCAACGCUGUGGAACAAUGAUCAGAAUAUGCAGUUCUGAAUGUAUCUCAGACUAUUUGUAUACUCUUCCAUAUGUUUUUAUUACACUUUUUAAUACAGCGUCACUUGUCUUAAGUCUCGGUUGUCUGUUUUGUCCCUCUAAAGUUUCUAGUUACAGACAAAUUCAUACUGUGAUUUUUAUUUUUAUUAUUAAAUGCUAUCAAACUGUGAUGCACUUAUUACUCACUGGUCCUGCAUCAGGAGAUGAGUGGGGAACCUGUAUUAAAUACAGUUCAUCUGAAUAAUCUGUCUGGUUUAUACAAGCUGUGUUGUUCAGAGAUGUCUAAAGUUUGAUCUUUGUUUUUUUAAAGAUAAAAAGCACUUGCCCCACUGUAAAUAUAUAGCAUGUAAAAUUUAUAUAGUAUAUAAAUACAGCGAAGUUAAAAUGGAUUUUUACUUGAGUUUUACUUGAGUUAUUUAACAUGCAAUAUGUCAUGUGACCUGACAGCUUUCAGAGUGUUGGAUAAUCAAGAAAUCAGAUCUUCCUUUCAGUGGUAGGUGAGAAGAUGCUGUUGGUGUGACCCAGAGAAGACAAGUAACUUGGGACUUCAACUGCCUAGACAAGAAUGCAGAAGUCUUUCUCCUUUGAAGUUAACAGCUUCCAAAAGCAGGCAACAGGUUGGAAGCUCAGCAGUAGCUUUCCACUGUGUGUGACACUAAAAAAGGAGCAAGGUUAACGUCUUACUAGAUACUUCAAGUAAUAUUUUGGUACAUGGAGAACACCAUAAAGCCAAACCAUAAGUGUACCCUGCAUAAUGUUCCUAUGGCAACAGUUAUGUUAAGUUACAUAAAGUAACAUGACAAAGAAAACA